AUGCUUAUUCGAUUUUUCAAUCUUAAUCAUCGUUUUCAAUCACUUCUUAAUUCUUCAUUUACACGAUUAAAAGUAGAUGAUAAUCGUCAUCAAAUCAUAUCGAUUCAUUCAUUCAAUGAAAAUACACCUGAAAUCAUUUCAACAAUCCAGUCUCACUUGUCAUCUUUUCAAUCCCUUCAAUCACUUAUUCUUUAUUCUAUUAAAUCAGAUCAUUUAUCAUCACUUAUUCAAGAGUUAACUUAUUUACCUAAUUUCUUUUCCUUAACCAUUGAUUUGUGGAUUGAAAAACAAAAUCAUGUCGAUAUUUAUCAGUCAAUUUUCAAUUUAUCCAAAUUAAAAUAUCUCAAAUAUCGAACAAUGGAUACCAACGAUGUUGAUAUUGAUAUUUUCUUGACCAGAGGCAACUGA